GCGAGGGAUGGAGAUGAGCCGCGCUUUCUGCCAGACAUGCCAUGAUGCAGAGCAUGAGUCUGUAGCCCACUACGGGCCAGAGCUGGAGGUGCUGACCAGCCCUGCUCAGAGCAGCAGGAAGAAGAGGGAGCCAAGAAGACAUGGCCUGCAGCCAGCCCAGGAAACCCCUGAAACCCACUUUGGCCUCAGUGACCUGGGCCUAGCAGCAGACAAUUCCAGCCUGGCACCUUACGAGGACACCUCUCAGCUGGCAGCGUUACAGGACCAUAACGCCUACUGCGUCCCUGAGGAAGCCGCUCCCUUGAAGAGCCUUGUAAUCUCAUCCAAAGAGGUGGUGCAUCAGCAAAGCGAGCUCCUUCUCAGCCUGCAGGGGGCGCUAGAAGCCAGCCAGAAAGAAUGCCGGGAACUACAGGAGAAAGCAGCGGAAGCAAACUGGCCUCUUCAUCCCAAGCUUGGAGAGAGCAUCGCCCAGCUCGAAGCAGAGAACCGGAACUUGUGCUGUGAGAGGGACCAGUUGAAGUCCACAGCACAACGCUUGCGCCGGGAGCUGGACGCCAGCGGUGCCACUGUUCUCUCCCUGAGCAGGCAGCUAAGAGGCCAGCAGGAAGCUCAAGCCUACCACGGGGCCUUUUCCCUGGAGACUGUGAAGGAGAACCGUAAGUGGCUGAGGUUCUACACAGGCUUUGACGAAUACCCACGCUUCACGGCCUUUCUGGACUUCCUCCUUGACAGCAGUGGGCAGAGGCAGGAGGAGAGUCCAGAGCGCUGGACCCACAGUGCCCUCAGCCCGCAGAACCAAGUUUUCUUGGUGCUUGUCCGCCUGCGGCUGGGGCUGCUCCUCCAAGAUCUCGCCUUCCGUUUCCACAUCUCAGAGUCCACAGCCUCCCGUUACUGGCUUAGCUGGACGGAAGUCAUGGAGCAGAAGCUGAAGCAGAUUCCGGUCUCUUGCAGCCAGCGCUAUGUAGACACCUUCAAGCCACAGAGGCUCAUCCGCCAUCAUGAUAUGCCCCUGGUGGCUCUGGAUUGUGCAGAACUUUUCUUUGAAGCCCAGGGAAGGACAAGGAGCAAAGAAGAGGUCCACUGGGGCCCCAGGGGCCGAUACUCAAUUCCUGGCUAUGCUCUGGCUGCACCCAGCGGCUACCUGACCUUCGGCUCAGGAGCUGACAAGGAGCUGGCAUCUUUGCCCACCUUUCUGCAGGUGGGUCCUGUGGUGCUGUCAGCCCAGCAGGAGGCAGCCAAAAGGCAGGUGCUGAGCUUCCGCAGCCUGACGGACAAAGCCCUCAGCUUCCGCUUCCUGCGUGUUGUUCACCCCCAGAACAUGGAGGGCCAAGUGGGCAGAGCCUGGACCAUUUCCUGCUACCUAGCUUGCCUGUUGCACGAACCCAUGGGGCUCGCCUAAGGAAAGGAGCCCUGCCUCCCAGUGCAGUUUGCCUUCUAUCACACGCUAUCUUUUGGUCAAUCACUGCUAGUGCUGCCCCUGCCAUGGUGGAACCUCACUUUUGGGGCCUAUGUGGUGAGUGCUACAGUACUGCAUCUUCUUGUGCUGCCGCUUUCCUUGAUGCAGGAAUCUGACAACCCACCUGCAAACUGACACAAUCUCCUUGCAGCCCCACAAUUUGACUUUCUUCUCAGCUGCUUCUACAAUUUUGCAGUUACUACGCAAGUGACUGGUUAUGCACACCCAGGGUUGGGGAUGCUGGCUCCCUUCCUAGGAUUGGCUGUAUCCACCAUCCCUCUUCCUCUACAGCAAGCUCUUUUUUCAGCCAGGCGAUGACACAGGAUUCAUCGUGCACACCCUCUGUUCCCUGCACUCUCUAAAGUCUCAAGUUGACAAUCACUUCUCUCAGAAGAUAGGAGGACUUCAGGGCGGUGGGACGUAUACCAGCUUUAACUUUUGCAUGCCCAUGUAGGUGCCAGCAUCUUUCCAUGUUUUCACUCAGACUCCUUCAGGUUUACCUCGCUUCCAAGCUCCCACACUGAAAACCAGCUCCCAGGUUUCUCACUCACCUUACAUAUCCCUUACUUGUUGGCCAGAGCCCAAUCAACAACAGCUAUUUGGCCAAGGUAAAGACUGUGGGAGGAUAUUACAGAUUUGGGGAAUCUUCUCAGCAACUACCAAGUUCACACAAACCGCUCACAGUAACAUCUCUGUUGGGACACACGGGACCUUUGGUAUAUCCUUUCUACCAAACAAUAUGACAACAGGGCA